AACUGACUCACUGCUGGCUAACUUCAUUCCUCUGCCUCAUUCCAAAGAUUCCUGAGAAAAACUGUCACCUUUCCAAAAUACCACGCAGUCCCGUUGGCGCUUUCGCUCAGCGCCCCCCGCUCCAGCUCCUCCCAUCCCGACCCCAAGGAGCGCGGAGGAUCUCCUGGGAUCAGCCCAAAUUAACCCUCAAGGUGGGGGGACGAAACCUUUCCGCUUCUCCCCCUCCACUUUUUCUCCCCCCUUUUUUCUUUUGGAAAAGCAACGCAAAAGUUCAGAGAAAGUUUCUCCUCCGUUCGUCCAAUCAGAGCGGGUCGCUGGGCGAAUCAUCUGGAGGUGUUCUUCCUGACGUCAUAGAGUCCAGCGUGAGGGCCAGUCCCUCCCAGGAGAUGGGGGAUGCCGGGGAGAAAGGUCUGGACAACGAUGCCGAAGGGGUCUGGAGUCCAGACAUUGAACAGAGUUUCCAUGAGGCGCUGGCGAUCUACCCGCCUUGCGGGAGGCGCAAGAUCAUACUUUCGGACGAGGGGAAGAUGUACGGCCGCAACGAACUCAUCGCCCGCUACAUCAAACUGAGAACCGGGAAAACGCGAACAAGGAAACAGGUCUCCAGUCACAUUCAAGUAUUGGCCCGGCGGAAAACCCGUGAGAUUCAGGCUAAGCUCAAGGACCAGGUUGCAAAGGACAAAGCCCUUCAGACCAUGGCCGCCAUGUCUUCUGCUCAGCUGAUUUCUGCUUCAGUCCUUCAGGAAAAACUGGGUCUGUCAGAAACCCACUAUCCAUCUACCACUGCAUCGACGGAGUUCUUCCAGUUCUGGAUGGGGGAUGGCAACCAGUCUUCAGCAACUCUGGAUGUCAAGCCUACCGUCCAGGCACCAUAUACCAUCCCACCGGUCACAGCGCCCCCUGCUGCCCCAGGUUAUCAUACAACCACAGGGAGACUCUCUCGCCUCCCCAGUACAGCCUCUUGGCAGGGAAGCCACAUUGGUACAGAAACGCUUCGGUUGGUGGAAUUCACAGCUUUUGUGGAGCGGCAGGGCGAACCAGAUUCGCAGCAGCCACAUCGUUUUGUGCAUAUCGAUCCAGCACCUGCCACCGACUCACCCUUGGAGACCGUGGACGUACGGCAAAUCUAUGACAAGUUCCCAGAGCGAGGAGGUGGGCUGCGAGACUUGUAUGACCAAGGACCUCCCCAUGCCUUUUUCUUGGUCAAGUUCUGGGCCGAUCUGAGCCUUCCCCUCCCCGAAGAAGAACCAGGGGGCACAGGAGGGGCCUUCUAUGGGGUGAGCAGCCGAUACGAGGGCCCACGGGCUCUGACUCUGAGUUGCACCUCCAAGGUCUGCUCCUUUGGCAAACAGGUGGUGGAAAAACUGGAGACGGCCGAGCCGCCCCGUUGGGAAGACGGACGCUUUGUUUUCUGCCUGCCCCGCUCUCCGCUCUGCGAGUACCUCAUUAAUUUUAUCCGCAAACUGCAAACACUGCCAGAGAAGCCGAUGAUGGAUAGCGUGCUAGAAAAUUUCACCAUCCUGCAGGUAUUUGGGGGGGGGUGUGUGUGUGUGGAGAGAGGAAACGUCUUACUCAAAAUGGGACUUUGUUGGGAAAGAGGUAGGGUGCCAAAAGAGGGAUGCCUGCCAAAGCCAGAGUUUCAUGCUAACAGAGACAGCACUCAAGAGAACGGUUUUCUCUCAAAACCCUAGGGUUCUGGCAGCGGCGUUCCUUCUCUGCAUUCCUUCUCUGUUUCUACCUGGGUGUAGAAUGCUGGAACAAGGAGCAUCCUGUCUUUUACCAUUAUCCACUACAGUUAGAGAGGUCCAGAGAGGCUUGCUGCUCUGGGCUUUACCUGCACGUCAACAUUGCUUCAGCCGCUUUUGCUUUCUAGAAGGAAGCAGCUACUACUGUUUUAUAGGAAGCCACGUUGAACAGAAUGGUAGGAGACACCGGAUGCGACAUGAAUUGCAGUUCUUAAAGUGGCAGGUUAGGCCUGCCGUGUUAUUUAGCAGUCCCCACGUUCUGUUUACAACGAAUAACGUAGGCGUAACUACCAACUCGUGAUACACGAAUCUCAACAAGCCAGAUCAAGGACGCUCCAGUAAUUGCUGUUGAAUAUAACAGGAUUGACGAGCCGAUUUCGGGUGACUUAUAAGUAAGUGAAGUUAGGUAGUGUCAGGAAAACGGAAGGAAUAGUCCAGAGGGGAGCAAAUCUUUAAAUGUAUACGGGUGAAAGCCACUUGCAGAUAUAAACAGAGCAGUGCUUCAAGAGAUGCUUGCAAAAAUAGUCUUGCGGGUUGUUCCGGUAGUCUUCACGUUUUGGAAAGUGUCGAGGAACAGAAAAUCGGCAUGCUGGAAAAUGGACAAUGUGACCUUAUCAAACUCAGGCCCCGUCCGCGCAUGCAGAAUAAUGCACU